GUCCAUGUUAAAAUCUGCGGAUCAUAUCAGAUCAAGAUCACUCAACCUCCACGCAAGCCUCAAUCAACCGCGCACCGCAAAACACGCACGUCGAGGGAUCAUCAGCUUAUUUACGCAGCACUGCAGGACGUCCAUUUUGCCUUCGUCCCUGCUCACCCAUCUAAGUGCUUACCCUGCUCAGGUCCUCUGGACCGCUUACGCUCGUUAGGAGAUCCCCGGCGCCGUCAUCAACUCUAAUCCCAACGCGACAAUCCACCCACCGAACGUGAUAAUCGAAAGCCAUUGGAACAAGAAAGAAGGGAAUUGGCGGCAACAAGAUUUGGAGUGGAUUCCUGAAAAGGGGCUGGGAGAUUGAUGCCUGGGAAGAACGUCGAGGAGAAGUCACGGAUCCGGUGAUUCAACACAAAGAUGGCGACCGAUUUUCGAUUACGGCUGUGGAGUUGUCUCCUCCUCCUGACGACUUUUUCAUUUACUGAAGCCUUCUACAUACCAGGCUGGUCGAUCAAAAGCUACAAAGAUAACGAAGCAAUUCCCCUCUUCGUCAAUAAAGUAUACUCCGACAACACACAAUUACAAUAUGCAUACUACGACCUUCCAUUCGUAUGCCCUCCAUCUGGUACCCGCCACGCCGGUUCAUCCCUGCUCAGCGGUCAGAGCAUCCCCCUCAACCUCGGCGAAGUGCUUAGGGGUGACCGAAUCAUGCAAUCAGACAUUGAAUUGGUGAUGGGACAAGACCAAGAAUGUAACAUCCUCUGCACGCGGAAUAUCAGCCGAUCGGACCUGAGGCGUGCACGGGAGAUGGUCAAGGAAGGAUAUGUUGCGGAGUGGAUCGUGGACAACCUUCCAGGAGCCACGAGCUUCGUGACAGUGGACAAAACCAGAAAAUAUUACGCAGCAGGGUUCAAGAUGGGAUAUAAAGAUAUCUCGAACACAGGAAAGUACAGGUACUAUAUCAACAACCACCUCACCAUUGUCAUCCGAUAUCGAAAGGCUCCGGGCAGAGAUGGGAAUCGGGGCGGAAAGGUAGUGGUAGGAUUUGAGGUGUAUACGAAGAGCAUUGGACCGCAGAAGAGGGAUGGAGAUGGGUGUCCGGCAGAUAUAAACGAUGCUGAUACGCCCAUGGAACUCUACCUUCCCCCGAACGCCACCACCGAUUUCUCCCUACAAUAUCCUCAUUCGUCCUACUACCCGCCAGAAAGCGAGCAAGAUGUUGACGAUGGAGCUACACUCGACAUCCCAUACUCGUACUCUGUAUAUUGGCGGGAAGAUGACAAGAUUGAGUGGUCCCAUAGAUGGGACCUCUAUUUCGUGAAUCAGGAGGAAGGCUCCAGGAUCCACUGGCUAGCAAUCAUCAAUUCUCUGAUUAUUUCCGGACUGUUGAGCGCCAUCGUGGCUAUGAUAUUGGCAAGGACAAUCCGAACGGAUAUCAAGACAUACAAAGAUGCUUCAGCAGAGGAGGGAAAGCUCAAAGCGAAGCGGAGAUCCAGACCCGGAAGCGGAGCAAGAACGCCAAAGACUGGGGAGAAAAUGGGGACAGGCUUACUGGAACAAGUUGGAGAUACGGAGAAUGACGCAGAUGUGUCUUCAGAUGAAGAAGCUCUCGAAGAUGUGACUGGAUGGAAACUUCUGCACGGGGAUGUUUUCCGAGCUCCAGCAUACGGAUAUAUCUUGGCGCCUCUUGUUGGUUCUGGGAUGCAAUUGAUAUUCAUGGCAUUCGGUCUGCUCUUCCUCAGCAGCUUCGGCGUCCUGAAUCCCUCAUUCCGUGGUGGAUUCGUCUCAGUCGGUAUUGGACUUUUCGUCUUUGCAGGUCUCUUCUCUGGCUACUUUUCCGGACGAGUGUACAAAACAUUUGGUGGACUGAACUGGAGGAGGAACACCCUCAUCACCGGACUGCUCUUCCCGGGCCUUCUUUUCUGCCUGAUCUUCAUUCUCAAUCUCUUUGUCUGGGCCCAAGCUUCAUCCACUGCUCUCCCAUUCGGAACUCUCAUCGGCCUCAUCAUGCUCUGGCUCUGCAUUCAACUUCCACUCGUCUAUGCCGGAACAUGGUUAGGCUACGUCAAAACAGGCGCCUGGGAACACCCGACCAAAACCACAACCAUCCCCCGCCAAAUCCCGGCCCCAGCUUGGUAUAUCCGCUCCCCCCAAUCCAUCGUCCUGGCAGGCCUGAUACCCUUCGCCGUAAUCUUCAUCGAGCUCCUUUUCGUCUUCCAAUCCAUGUGGCAAGACAAGUCAGGCUACUACUACGUCUUCGGCUUCCUGUCCGUCGUCUCGGUAAUUCUGAUGCUCACCAUUGCCGAAGUCACCAUCGUGACAAUCUACAUCAAACUCUGCUCUGAAGACUAUAACUGGUGGUGGCACUCUUUUGCAGUUGGCGGAUCAAGCGCCAUCUGGGUCUUUGUCUACUGCAUCUGGUAUUACUUCAUGCGGCUGCAUAUCGAGGGCUUCGUGAGCGGACUGUUGUUUUUCAGUUAUAGUUUUAUGGCGUGUGUGGUGUAUGGGUUGCUGUGCGGGACGGUUGGGUUCUUGACUGCGUAUGCGUUUGUCAGAAGGAUUUAUGGGGCUAUAAAAGCUGAUUAGAAUGACUGGAUAAUCGGUAUUAAUUUGACUUGUUUUCUAAUGCAUGGGUGGAGCAAUGGUGGGUUUAGAGGCGCUGGUUGGAAAUACCAAGCAAACAGCACGAAGCACAAUGUGCUCGCCGCAUAAUUGAGAUGAUUGAAUCCCUGA